AUGUACUCUUGCGCCAACUACCCUCGCGGGUGCCGGGGGCGUGUCAAUAAGGAAGGCACCAAGUGCUCUGACUGCAGGCAACUGAACUUGCGACGCCCCGGAUCUGCCUCGCCAUUUGCGCAACCACGCAAUUUCAAGCGCCAACUUCCCUCAGAGAUGCGCGCCGAAUUCGCGAACAACAUGUCUGAGCUGGCCAUGUAA